AUGGGCAGUACAUACGUUUUGUCUGAAGCAGCGACAAUGCGCUUCAUAUCGCAACAUACGUCUAUACCAGUACCAAAAGUGUUCUGUGCUUUUACUCAUUCUGGAACGACGUAUAUUGUGAUGGAAAGAAUUAAGGGUGACAUGAUCGGUCGUGGCUGGGUUCGCCGAAGUGAGAAGUCAAAGGUCAAGCUUCUUUCGCAGUUGGCAAAAAUGAUUGCUGAACUGCGGCAGCUGAAACCUCCGGAUGGUGCUACGAUUUCUUCUAUUGAUAGCGGACCACUCUACGACUGUCGUGUAGCUGGGACUACCUUACACUUUGGCCCGUUUGAUACUAUCCAGGAAUUUCAUCGGCAUCUACGAAUGGGCUUGGAGUUUGACCCUAGGCUUGACCCUGACGUCAAGGAGCUUAUCAACCAGCAAAACAAGACUUGGCCUUUAGUCUUCACACAUGGAGAUCUCAGUAGUCUAAACAUUCUUAUUCAUGGAGAUGACAUUGCUAGCAUAAUUGAUUGGCAGACAGCUGGCUGGUAUCCAUCAUACUGGGAGUACACAACGGCCCACCAAGUCAACCCUCGAAACUAUUUUUGGGGAAAGGAGAUUGACAAGUUCCUAGGGCCAAUGCCUCAAGAGCUGGAGAUGGAACGGAUGUGUCAAAAAUACUUUGGGGAUACUUGA